AAUCGAAAGUAAAAACUAAAAUCCCAAAUCGUCAUUGUGUACCUCGCUGUGCUCCUCCUGGAAGUGGGAGAUCGCCGCCGCGCCGGUGCUCGUCAGGCGACUCUUUACACACUCAAGGUUCUCCUUCUUUAUUUUUCCCUCCAUAUCUCACGCUUGAAAUUUUGGUGCCACGCGCCUUGCGACUGUGAGGUAUCUUCGUCUUCCAUGGAAGUUGAUAGACCUGAUGGCCGUUCGCCUAGUCAAUUGAGGCCCCUCGCUUGCUCUCGGGGCAUCCUUAAUCGUGCUCAUGGCUCAGCUAGCUGGACUCAAGGGGAGACCAAGGUUCUUGCGGCAGUUUAUGGACCCAAAGCUGGAACUAGGAAGAAUGAAAAUCCCGAAAAGGCUUGCAUUGAAGUAAUAUGGAAACCUAAGACAGGGCAGAUUGGAAAAUUGGAGAGGGAGUCUGAGAUGAUAUUAAAGAAAUCUCUGGAAAGCAUUUGCAUUCGAAGCAUGUACCCAAACACCACGACUUCAGUUAUUAUUCAGGUUGUCCAUGAUGACGGUGCUCUUCUUCCGUGUGCUAUAAAUGCUGCAUGUGCCGCCCUUGUAGAUGCAGGAAUUCCACUGAAACAUCUCGCUGUUGCAAUAUGUUGUUCUGUAGCUGACAGUGGCUAUGUUCUACUGGACCCUAACAAACUUGAAGAGGAGAAAAUGAAAGCAUUUGCCUAUUUAGUCUUCCCAAAUACAUGUGUUUCGGUUCUACCUAGAGGAUCAUUGCAGGUGGAUAAGGAACCUGUGGAACAUGGAAUCAUUACAUCUGUAACCCAUGGUGCAAUGUCGGUGGACGAUUAUCUCCAUUGCCUAGAACGAGGGCGUGCUGCCACUGCAAGGAUGUCUGAAUUCUUGAGGAAGAGCUUACAGCCACAAUUGUCAGGAGACUCAUCUAAAGCUGGUUGACACUAUGCAGCUUGUGCCUUGUAUGUUUGACCCUUGCUUGCUUGCUAACUGGGAGUUGUUAUUGAGCUUCAUGCUUGUGAGCCCUUGUACGUUAGCUUAGUAGCAGCCUAGAAAAAUAUCUUGAUUGAACGUGUUAGUGUAAUGAUAUAGACCUCAUUGUUUAGGUAUUUAAUGAAAUCUUGAAAUUAAUUUUGUUAGAUCUUAACUUGUUACCUCUGACCAAAUAUAUAUGUUCUUCUUCUCCUCC